AUGGUUGACUCUUACAGUUGUUUACGUCUAGAUAAUAAACGCGUUUUCCUUGUUGAAUUUUAUGAAGACAAAGACAAGCAAAAAUUCUUCGAAUCUGAUAAUAAUAAAAAAGUUCCAUUUGAGAAAUUAAAAGUUGGACAACUCGCGGAACUUAUCUCUCGUAAAGGAAAGUUUGAAGCUGACAUAUUGAAUCUUUGGAAAGUUGAUGUUGAUAAAAAUAAGAUUAAUACUGAAGACGAUAUUAAAGAAAAUGGAGGCGUGUCUAUGGAAUUUGAACACAAGUUUGAAAGAUAUUUUAAAGCUGAUUGCGAACUUACAGAUAACAUCCACAUCGUUGCUGUCGUUGCAACUACAACCACUGAUUCAGAAUCUGUUGACACAGAAACAAAACGAAGAAAGGAUACCCCUACGCUUGAAAGUUUGAUUGUCGACCUUGAAGAGAAAAUCCCUCUUGACAGACCCCCAGAACUUUAUCCUAUUUCUAAUAUUGCCGGGCGUUUCCACAAAAGAGAUAUACCAAUUAGCAGUAGGGAAUAUGUAGAUAUGCGUUUAGAUGUAGAGACUACUGAUACGGGCAGAAAGCUUAUCGACAAUUUAAAAAAUGAAACCAAAGCUUGCUAUUUGCUUUAUGCCGUUUCUGGAGCUGGCAAAACUAGAGCAAUUUUUGAUAUGUCUAUGAAUGAAAAUGGAACCUACGUAGUGUAUGUGGAGUGUAGGCCAUCUUCAGAUAUUAGUAAUCGGGAUUAUGAGCCAACAGCGGAUCGUAAUUUUGCACAGCUUGUUGCAUCAAUAGGUUCAGCCUUUGGACCAUAUAACGAUACUAUUAAUAACUCUGCUAGAGAAGAAGCAAAGCGACUUAUCAUUUUAGAAUUUACUGCACGGGUUCUCUAUCUCAUUCUUCUCAAAAAGAAGUUUCCAGAUAUUACACCUCGUGACUAUCUUCUAUCCCAGCUCAACGGCGGACAAGAAUGUAUCGCAAGUAUUAGAAAUGAAUUGAGGCUUUUUGGAUGUGACUUUGAUGACCUGAAUUCAAUUAUUUCAUCUGCUUUAAGAUACUUAAAGGAUAAACUACCCGGUCAAAAAUCACUUAUUUUUGCCAUUGAUGAAUCCAAUGUUGCCAGCAAUAAACUUUUCAGUGGUUAUUUUCGCAAUAUAAACCAACAUCCACGUGGUUUAUUAACGUCAAUGAUUGAGAUUCUUAGACUGUUUGAAAUUUCAAUAGUAAUCGCUGGCACCGCAUUUACUCUUAAACAGGACAGUGAUAUCCAAAGUGAUAUCGGCAAAGGAAAUAAGGCAAAAUAUAUAAUUAACUUCAAUACAACAGAUAGUAAAGGUGUUGAAGCCUACAUUAUGCGUUAUCUUGAUUUGUCAGACUGUAAAAUUGACGAUAUUGAAGAUAGUAAAUAUCUUGUUGGUCGUCCUCGUCUGAUGGCUCGCCUUAUAAUGGAAAUAAUAAAUGCAGAAAAAGUAUCACAAGAAAACAAACAAAUGGUGCUUGAAUACGCUGUAAAUAAGACAGUGCAGUUCUUUGAUGGUUACGUAUCUAAAAUUGAAAUAGAUGAUUAUUCAGCAAAAUUAGUCGACUGUGGCAUUGCUUCAUUGAAAUCAGACAAAGAUGAAAAAUUUUGGCAAGUCAAAGAACCUUUAGCGAUAGAUGUUGUUAAAAUUGUCCUUCGUUCCCGGUAUAACAAACCUACUGAACCACUGAUUGAGAAACUCUUAUAUGAAUUACGACAAUCUGCUUAUUAUUCAAAUACAUCUAAAGGCUUCAUUUGGGAGUAUCUUGUCAUAGGAAGAUUAAUGGAUUUUAAUGGUAAAACGGUCUCUGAGUUUGUUAAUGAAAUUUAUGGUGACGAUCAACCACAUCUGCCAGAUUGGGCUGGAGAAGCAAUAAUCGAUAUUGAAUCAUAUGGAAAUUUACAAAUGUUUUCUCGACUUGAUGCUAAAUUGAAAGAUGAUGUGGAUGUUAUUGAGAGUCUUUUAUAUGAAUCAAGAUUUUCAAAAUAUAUGUUUAAAUCUGGACAUUUAGUACGUCCAGAUGGUAUUUAUAUUAGAAAGCUGGAUAGAGUUACUUACUGGACUUUACUCAUCAGUGCAAAAAUGUACACCGAUAAAUUGUCAGGUACAGAUGUUAAUGAUGACAAACGUUCAACGAAUUGGAACCUUCUGUAUCACAAGAAGAAUGGCGAAACAAAUCAUAAAUGCUAUAAGAAAAAGCAAAGACUUGAUGAUGUGUGCCACAAAGAUUUUACCUGUAAAGGUUCAUUGCGAAUUCAUUAUAUUUUUCCCGGUGUAGCUCAAGAAUGCACUUCAAAUCAGUCAGAACCAUCAAUUAGAGGUGGUUGCUAUACUGAAAACAAUGAUAUCAUUAUGUAUAUUGACGAAGAGUUGUUGGGACAUUAUUUUAAAAGAGAGGAUGUAGAUAUUUUAAAGAAAAUUCUUACAUAA